CCACCUUCCUUCACUUACUCCCUUCUCAAAGUUACACUUCUUCCACGUUCUCUCUCUCUCUCUCCUUCUUUUGGGUCCCAAAACAGCGACUUUCUUCCCUCUGUUUUUCCCUCGAAUAUAGUUUUCCUUUUCCUUUCCACAACUAUAAGUCACUUUUCUCAUCUCUCUCUCUCUCUCUCUCAAUUUACAAUUCCCAAACUUUCCCUCUUUCCAAACACCACCACUACCAGUACUUCUACAUCCCCGAUGACCGACAGAGUCUACCCCUCCGCCAAGCCCGCCGUCAACGGCGCCGGCAAUCCGUCCUUCCCGGCAACGAAGGCGCAGCUCUACAGCAACGCGCGGCCGGCGUACCGCCCCCAGGCGCGGCACCGCCGCAGCCGGUGCUGCUCCUGCUGCCUCUGGGACCCGCGCCCCGUCGCCUUCCUCGUCCUCAUCCUUCUCGUCGGCCUCACCGGCGUGGCCUUCUAUGUUAUCUACCGCCCUCAGCGCCCUUCCUUCUCCGUCACCUCCCUCAAGCUCUCCUACCUCAACGUCACCUCCUCCUCCCAGCUCAACUCCCGAUUUGACCUCGCCGUCACCGCUCGGAACCCUAACAAGAAGCUCGUCUACGUCUACAAUCCGAUCGCGAUCUCGAUCUUCUCUGGCGACGUCGACAUCGGCGACGGCGUCAUUCCGUCGUUCGUCCACGGGAAGAAGAACACUACCUUGCUGAAGACGCGGAUCGGGAGCGACAGGAAGCAGCUCGAAAGCUCGGAGGCGAGCGAUUUGAAGGCGAGCAUGAGGAGCAGAAACGGCUUGCCGUUGAAGGUGAAGCUGGACACGAAGGUGAAGGCCAAGGUCGGAGGGCUUAAGACGCCGAGAAUUGGAGUUAGGGUCACUUGCGACGGAAUCAGAGUCACUCUUCCGACGAAAAGAACUGCGGCGACGGCGUCCACUUCCAAGGCAAAGUGUAAGGUCGACAUCAGGAUUAAGAUCUGGAAAUGGACCUUCUGAGAAAAGAAUUAUUGAUUGAUGAGACAAAAACGAAAGCAAAAGCCAAAUCAAGGUGUGAUUUUCAUUUUCUUAUAAGUUCGAUUUUUUUUCCUUUUUUUUUUUUUUCUAGUUUUCUGUUAUUAAGUUGCUAUACAUUUGUUUUGUGAUGCUCUUCUUUUUUUUUGGGUGUAAAUUAAUGGAGAGAAACUGCUAUUAUUUGUAUACUUU